UUCCAUCCUCUAGCCUAGUCGGGGGUCUCGCAACCUUAUCACUGUUAUUGUUGCUGUGAGCAGAGGGAAGCUGAUAAAUAAACGUGGUGAAUUGUGAGGGUCUUAAAGAUAACACAUUAUGUGGAUGACAAAUAUAAAUGCCAUGUCAAUAAGAAGUAGCGGCUUGCUUUGGUUUCGAAUAAAUUGCUCCGAUUCAAAGCCAAAGCGUGGUUUUGGAGAAAACAGGGUUAAGACCAAUAAGUCUGACAAGGGUUUUGUGUCGCCGCCAAGCAAGGAAUCAACAACUAAACAGUCUCGCUCAUUAUCUUCUCAGGCACCCCGCUUAAGUUCACAAGUUGACCGCAAAUCUUUGGAUGUUGACUUUGAGGAACGGCUACUAGCAGUUAGAAGGUCAGCACUUGAGCAGAAGAAAGCAGAAGAGGAAAAAGAAUUUGGAGCAAUUGACUAUGAUGCACCAACUUCUUCUGACAAUAAGACAAUUGGCUUAGGUACUAAGAUUGGAGUAGGUGUAGCCGUUGUAGUCUUCGGUCUGGUUUUUGCUUUCGGAGAUUUUCUUCCAUCAGGAAGUGUUAGUCCCAACAAUGACAGUGCUGUGGUCAAUAGUAAGUUGUCAGAGGAGGAUAAAGCUACUCUUCAGAGUAGGCUUAAGGAAUUUGAAGCAACAUUAAUUAAUUCCCCAAGAGAUCCAACUGCUCUUGAAGGAGCUGCAGUAACUUUGGCAGAACUAGGGGAAUAUGCAAGAGCUGCUUCUCUACUUGAUGAUUUGACAAAGGAAAAACCAAAUGAUGCUGAUGUUUUUCGUUUGCUUGGAGAAGUUAAGUAUGAACUCAAAGAUUAUGAAGGGAGUAUUGCUGCAUACAAAAGCUCAGCACAGGUGUUAAAAGAUAUCAAAUUUGAAGUUCUGCGCGGUCUUACCAAUUCAUUACUUGCAGCCAAAAAGCCUGAUGAGGCUGUUCAAUUACUUUUGGCCUGUCGGGAGCGUCUAAGUUCAGAAAACAUACCAGAAAAAUCUGAUAGCAACCCAACAAAUUCACAGCAGCUGGAUCCAGUCCAAGUUGAAUUACUCCUAGGGAAAGCCUACUCAGAUUGGGGCCAUGUUAGUGAUGCUGUAGCUGUUUAUGAUCAGCUCAUAUCUACUCACCCUGCAGAUUUCCGUGGAUACUUAGCUAAGGGAAUCAUCCUAAAAGAAAACAAAAAUAUUGGUGAUGCAGAAAGGAUGUUCAUUCAAGCUAGGUUUUUUGCACCUGAUAAAGCUAAAGCACUUGUGGACCGUUAUUCAAGAUAGAAAUUAAUAUCAACAUUAAUUUUAAGUUUCUAGAACCAUUGAUACAGGGUUACAUCCACGUCCGUCGAUUUUCUUGCGCCAUUUCCAUGCAUCUUCUGUCCUAAGAGAGACAAAUGAUUGCGACAAAUGUGUGUUUGUUGAACUUCAUAACGCUUGAGUCAUGCUUUGGUUAUUUCGUUGGAAUGACAACAUUUCUUAAACAAUAAAAAAGACGAGUGAGAUUCUAUAUGGCGCAGAAUUAAGCCAACAAGGGUUGGCUCAAUUGAUGGAAGAUAUAAUAUCAUAGAUACUGUUGUUACUAUAUGAAAGUUGUCUACGUAGAAGUUGGGAAGACACCGCAUCGUGUACAAACAUUUUUCUUUGCGAUUCUUACGUCAACCAUUUGUGAGCUUUCCUAAUAUAUUAUAUGCACUUGUUC